UCUUCGCGGCCUUUUCCCGCUGGCCUUCUGAUUUGCUUCUGAUUUCACGACUUGCUUGCUGUCACGCACUCUACGGUGUACAUCAAAUCAACAGGCUUCCCUCUGGCAUCAAACUUGAGCUUGGAUUCCUUUCCAACCGUCCUCACUACCCUCAUCAAAAUCCGAAUCACCCAAUGCGAAGCUGCGUUUCCCUCCUGGCCAAAUCCCCAUCUUCCUCUCGCUGGCUCGCCCGCCAGUCGCGUGACCCGUAUGUCCGCCAACGCUCUUCCGACCCAGCCUCCUCCUCGACUUCCAAUCAGCCAUCCUAUAGAUCCCGGUCUUCGUUCAAGCUCGUCUCCCUGGCUAAAAGUCACCCGGUGCUUUUGAACAAAGAGACGAAGAGCGUCGUAGACUUGGGAGCUGCGCCCGGGGGAUGGACGCAAGUUGCUUCUCAAGUUUUGGGCGUCGGGAACAAGGAGGGGCAUAAGCCUGAAAACACCAGGGUAUGGGCCAUCGACAUUCUUCCGAUGGACAGCCUCCCCAAUGUGCACAUCCUUCAAGGCAACUUUCUCUCGCCUUCCGUGCAAGCCGCCCUUCAGUCCCAAACUGGCACUCCGGAGUCUGGAGCAGGAGUAGACACUGUCCUAAGUGACAUGAUGGCUCCAAUGACCGGCGUCCGGGCUCGGGAUGUAAGUAUGAGUCUGGAGCUCUGUGAGGCUGCGACGGCUUUUGCCAGAAGAGUUCUGAGAAGAAAGAAGGCGGAGGAGAAGAUGGAGGUCGUCAGGGGCAAAAAGAUCUGGCCGGGAGGAAAUCUUGUGUGAGUUAGCUAUGAUCACUAGGCCCGUUUGGCUCACCCACAAUGGCCAGGAUGAAGUUCUUUGCACACCCAGAUCUUGACGAGUUCAAGAAGGUCGAGUUGGAUCCCUGGUUCGGCAAAGUAGUCAUUGACAAACCCAAAGAAUCUCGUAGUGAAUCCAGCGAGGCGUAUUUCGUCUGUCUAGGCUUCAAGGGAGAGCCAACGACCAAGUAACAACAUGUUGCUCUUGUACAUCAAGACAACGGCAUGCCGUAAUUGAUAUCUGGCGUGUGGUAUAUCACUUCCUACUGUAUCCACGGCGAGCAUCAAGACGGGGCCAGGAUCAGCCAGCCGAUUGUUCGGAGAGCCUCCGGAAACUCUCUCUCGCGGAGAAAGCGCUUGUGGAGGGACUUUACUCUAUCCGGUAGCUACAUAGCCAACAACGCAUUUCAUGCCUCAUUACUAUGCAUACUACAC